CUUAAUAUUUAUAUAUAGAUAAAUAGAUUUAUACGAACAUUCAGUUAACAAAUUAAUUAAUUCGUCUAUCGUUGGGAGCAGAAAACAUUUGUAGUCUUUGGCAUGGAGGAAAACAGUGGCAACGCCAAUUUGGGAAAUUUGUUGGCCAAGAGGCGGCCUGGCAAUAAGAAUCGCCAGCAUACCUCACCCAGCUACUUGGAGCAACAGUUGACCAAAAAGGAGCGCACCACCAACUUUCCAUUAGUGGGUGCUUUGGUGCACAAGGCGCUGCAAGUGCGGGACACCGAGCCGUACGAAGCAGUUGCGCAGCUAGGACACACAGAGCAGGUGAAGCAGCCGAAACAGCCAGAGCAGAUAGUGCAGUCGGUGCAGCCAGAAAACGAACAACUCUCCCAUAUAAGCAACAACAGCACCAGCAGCAAUAAUAACACCACCACCAGUAGCAGCAGCAGCUGCAGCAACAAUAACAACAAUAACAACAAUAGUAACAACGAGGGCGACGUAAAUUUAAGCUGUAGCAUGGUGUUGCCUUUUGGCCUUGGCCCCGAUGGCCAUAACGCAGACGCCAUACAGACUGCACCAGCGCCAAGUGCACCGCCGGCUCAUUUGAUGGGUCCGCAGUACGCGAUUGGUCAGACAAAUAUUUACACAGGUGUGCCCAUCAUCGUGAAUCCCUACAUCGAUUUUAUUGUGGUCAAUGGCGAGGAUCGAUAUAUGAUACGCUGCGAGCGGAAGUCGGUGCUCGAGCGUAGCGUUGAGUUGGCCAAAUUAAUACACGCCGGCCCGAAUAGCGGGCGCAAAGGCGAUAAUCAUUUUCAGAUCUCAAACGUUGAUAAGACCGACUUCGAACUGAUUGUACGAUAUAUGGAAAAGCAUUGCAUACCCUAUAGCGAUCACAAGCAUCUGCUAAAAAUACUCGAGCUGGCGGAUCGUUUCAACGUGCCCGAUCUGAUAAUUUACUGCAUUCGUGAACUUGAUCUCAGCAUUUCGAGUGCAACUGCCUUGGAUAUAUACAAGUCGCUGUGGUUCUACCAGGGCAUUGCGCUGACCAACCAGCACCAGACGGUGAUCACCACUCACAAGCAGGCGUCGAAGGCGAAGGCGGCGGCCAAGCAGGCGGCCGCCGCACAGGCCCAGGCCAACGUGAAUGGCGCCGAUGGGGACGGGGCACAAGUCAAUCUCAUACCCAAUCCAAAUCCGUUCACCACCGAAGAUUAUGGCGUGGCGUUGCUGCACAACACGCUACAGUUGAUCGAUAUGCACGCCGAGCUGCUCCUCUCCAUGCCGGCCAUUCUUGAGCUGCGUUUCGAGGAGCUGGAGACGCUGGCCAAGCGCAAUACGCUGCAGCUGCGCUCCGAGGUGACGCUGUUCGAGUGCCUGGCCAAUUGGAGUCUGGCGGAAUGCCAGCGCCGGAAGCUCGAUGCCACACUUGACAAUCGCCGCAUGGUGCUCGGCCCGCUCUGCCUGGCGCCUCGCUAUCUGCGCAUGACUCCGGCUGAGUUUCGCAGUUGUUGCGACCGCAUCGAGCUGCUGCCGCCUCUGGAGACUUCCCUCAUCCGCGAUGCACUCGAGGGCCAAAAACUGAAGAACCUCACAGAUCAGCAGUCGGAGCUGCUGGAAAAGUUUCGCACACCACGCGCUGAAUACGCCCGCAUGCCAGUCCAUCUGAGCGACCGCAGCUGCCCAAAGAACUAUCCAAAAAAGAUGCGACGUGCCCAUGAGGGUCGAUCCACCGAGGAGGGAUGCUGGGAGAAGGUGGGCAUCAACUGCCUGCGCGUGUUCGUCUGCAUUUUCGAUUGAUCCGGCGGCGCAGAUGAUCCUCAAUAGACUUUUUUCAUUAACGAACAUUAGCGCUUAUGAGUUACAUAUAUAUACAUCAUAUAUAGAUAUAGUUAUUAAAUAUGAUUGUUAGUCUUAUGGGCAAUACGUUUACACAGUUACCAAAAUGUUGGCCACGGCUAGCGGGUGAUUUUAUAGCUGCUGUUUCUAACAUACUAUAUACCAUAUAGAAUAUGUAA